AACAAAUUCCCUCCCGCUACCAAACCAUCGGUGCCACCAAAGCAACGGAAACAACAAGAACCCUUCCCUUUCCAUUCAGAUCCACACUUCUCUCUCUGAUUCAGUUUAUUACAGGCAUUGCUUCCAUACCUUGUUCAUAUACUAACAAUUUUCUAGUUCAAGAUGCAAGCUAUAAACUUCGGAUGCAGCGGUUUCCAUCUUCAAAACCGUAGCAGUAGGGUUUUGUCGACUUCCGCUGGGUUCAGCAACAAAAAAGGCACUGCCUGCAUCAUUGGGACUCCGAGGGAUUCUUUUUUCGGAUCGCGACUGAGCUCCGGUCAUAUGGGCUUGGAGCUCGGUCGCUUCGGCGCCGCUGCUGAUGUUGGAAGUGUGUUCCACUCCUCUGUCAAGUCCAGAUCAAUCAAAGCUCAAGCUUCCGAUGGAGAGGUUGCUCCUCUCAAGAGCCAACCAAAAUCUUCUGGAUCAGUUUUGCCUUACGUUGGUGUUGCUAGUCUGGGAGCCAUAUUGUUCGGAUAUCAUCUAGGGGUGGUCAAUGGUGCACUCGAGUAUCUUGCCAAGGAUCUUGGUAUUGCUGAAAAUGCUGUUCUACAAGGUUGGGUUGUUAGCUCGCUUCUUGCUGGUGCCACCGUUGGUUCAUUUACAGGGGGCUCUCUGGCUGACCAAUUUGGAAGAACGAAGACUUUUCUGCUCGAUGCAAUUCCUCUUGCAAUCGGAGCUUUUCUUUGUGCUACGGCUACAAAUGUACAGACAAUGAUAGUAGGCCGCUUGCUUGCCGGCAUUGGAAUUGGCAUAUCAUCUGCUAUUGUCCCUCUAUACAUAUCUGAGAUAUCACCAACCGAAAUUCGUGGCACUCUUGGAUCUAUCAACCAGUUAUUUAUUUGCGUUGGAAUCCUUGCAGCUUUGGUGGCUGGAUUACCCUUAGCCGGAAACCCAUUAUGGUGGAGAACGAUGUUUGCUAUUGCAGUUAUCCCCUCUGUUCUUUUGGCAUUAGGAAUGGCAUUUUCUCCAGAAUCCCCUCGUUGGCUUGUUCAGCAAAGGAAAAUUGGACAAGCUGAGAAAGCGAUAAAAACAUUAUAUGGCGAGGGCAAAGUUGCAGAGGUUAUGGCCGACUUAAGUGCAUCUGGCCAAGGCUCCGAAGAACAAGAUGCUGGUUGGUUUGAUCUUUUCAGUGGUCGGUACUUCAAAGUUGUGAGUGUUGGUGCAGCCCUUUUCUUGUUCCAACAGAUGGCUGGAAUAAACGCAGUUGUAUACUAUUCCACCUCCGUUUUCCGCACUGCAGGAGUGGCGUCGGAUGUAGCAGCCAGCGCUCUCGUUGGGGCAGCAAAUGUUUUUGGCACAAUGAUCGCAUCUUCAUUGAUGGACAAACAAGGAAGGAAAAGUCUUCUGAUGACAAGCUUUUCCGGAAUGGCUAUUUCAAUGUUGCUGCUCUCGUUGUCCUUCACUUGGAAAGUUUUGGCACCGUACUCUGGACCACUUGCUGUUAUUGGAACUGUUUUGUACGUGCUAUCGUUCUCGCUUGGUGCUGGCCCUGUCCCUGCUCUUUUACUACCAGAGAUUUUUGCUUCGAGGAUUAGAGCAAAGGCAGUUGCCUUAUCGCUUGGAAUGCAUUGGAUUUCAAACUUUGUUAUCGGGCUGUAUUUCUUGAGCGUGGUAACAAACUUUGGCAUAAGCAAAGUGUACCUGGGCUUUGCAUCCAUCUGUCUUCUUGCAGUAAUGUACAUAGCUGGUAAUGUUGUUGAAACAAAGGGGCGAUCGUUGGAGGAUAUCGAGCGUGAACUUAGCCCAGCUAUCUGAUGAUAUGCACAUUUUAGGCGUUGAUCUAAUCUUGAUUGGAAUAAUAAGGCAGCUUAGCUUCUGCAGCUCACUAAUCUUUAUGCAGCCAACUUUUCUGGUUUAGAUUUAUUAUUCUUCAUGGUUCAAAAUCUGCCCACAUUGUAAAUUUGUGCUACUAUGGGAAACUUCUUUUUUG